UGUGUGUGUGUCAGAUUGUGGGGAAUGGGAGUGAGCAGCAGCUCCAGAGAGAAUUAGAGGAUGUCCUCAUGGACCCCUCGGUAGCCGACACUGGACUCAGGUCAGAAGCAGGAAUGGAGACCCUCGGAGGAGAGGGCGACCGCAGCUCUGUUGCCACGACAGCGUCACCCGUAGCGCCGGGCUCCGACCCUCUGAGUGCUCCGCCACCCAAGCUGGAGAUGGUGCUUCCUGUUCAGACGGCACAGGAGAGCGAGUUGAACGAGAGGUCGUACCGAGCAGAUGAAUCCUCAUCAGAGGGCAGUCCUAGCAGUCCCAUCCCAGAUGAAGACAGCGUUGUGUUCAGCCAGCUGACAUAUCUGGGCUGUGCCUCGGUCAACGCCCCCCGCAGUGAGUUGGAGGCCCUCCGUAUGAUGAGUAUCCUCAGAGGGCAGUGCCAACUCCCCCUGGACGUCACACUGUCUGUGCCAGGCGUGUCUGAAGGCACUGUCAGGUUGCUGGACCCCAACACCAGUACAGAGAUCGCCAACUACCCGAUAUACAAGAUUCUGUUCUGUGUGCGCGGCCAUGAUGGCACACCAGAGAGCGACUGCUUUGCCUUCACUGAGAGCCACUUCAACGCCGAGAUCUUCAGGAUCCACGUGUUCCGCUGCCAAAUCCAUGAAGCGGUGAGUAUUCGGUCAUUAAUGAAUUGA